AGGCCGAGCGCGGUUCUCAGGAGCCGGGGAGGGCUCAGGGAGACGCUUCCUAAGGCACCGACUCAAAGCUUGACGCGAGGAACGCUCUCCUUCACUUUCGAUUCCUCUUGCAACCGUUUCUGUUUCUGCUGUCGCCCGGGGGUAAGAUGCUCCGGAGACUUUAUUUCCUCCUUUCCCUUUCGGAGGCCUGGGCUAAGGAACCCUCUUUGCCUCUGCCUGGCCCGGCACACACGCAUACACGGGUGCUAAGCUUCGCAAACGGUCUCUCGGGGGUUCUGGUGGGACUUGAAACGUCCCCUCAAUGAAGCCCUAGCUUCUCCAUCCGCGUUCACUGCACUGGCCCGUGGCCGAGCCCCCGAGGAGGGCGGGAAGCAGCUUUGCCUUCCGGGGAGAUCAGGGUCCCUGCUCCCCACUCCCUCCGACGUGGCCCAUUCGCUAUUCCAAGACCCUAAAGGAGUGGUUCCCAGUGCCACCCUGUCCUAGAGGUUCUCCCAAGGAUGCGCUUCUGAAAUCUCAGCCUCUUGCGACGGAGAGGAGCCCCAGAGGUCCCAGGCCUGAAUUAAGUGGGUUCCCUUUAUUUUAGCCCAGAAAGGUUUGAGUGUGGCUCACCUUGUCCACCACUCGUGAGUCUUUGGGGAAUAGUCCAGACUCAGCCUUGACCUGCCUACUGAAGGAAAUACCCUUGUGUGUUGCUAUGAGCCAUCACCACCACCAACCCCCACCUGGCUUUCUUUCCCAAGCUGCUGUCAGAAAGCAGUGAGGAGGAGGUUUCACUCCUUAGAUGGGUUUUUCCGCACACCUGUGGCCACUCUCAUCUCCUUUCUCUUUGUUUCAAAGAAUCCCUGCUUUCCUAUUAAGUCAGUGCCUGCCCAGGCUCAGGAAUAGAAGCUUUCCUUCCACACCUGGGCUGGGAAACCUCGGGCAAUUUGCCCAGGUGCUCCAAAGAACUCUUUUCACAGCAGUCUUGUUGCAGAGGAUGAAGGGACCCUCCAGAAGUCUCUGCAGCCGAGCACCACUCAACUUCCUUUCCUUGAAAUGAAUGACAGCUCAGCAACUUUCCCAGAAAGAAGAGGAAAAAAAAAAAAAAAGCUCUGCCAUUCACUUAUGGAAGUCCCUUGACAUGAAAUAACUUCUGCUUUUCUUAUUCCUUUUAUUUUCUCUCUUAUAGGCAGACUGAUCUCUCCUACAAUAAUGGAAUGAGUUGAAAGUGCUGGGUAACUAGUAAAUUUUCCAUAUCCCAUCUUACUGAGGCUUGAACUUGCUGAAAUUGUGGUGGGGCUCUUUGGCACUCUUAAAAAUUUAAAGCUAGAGUUAACAUUUUGUGUCAUUGCUAACAAGCUCAGCACUGACCUUUGUUCUUUGCUCAUUAGAGGAAAAAAACCCUGAACCAUGGGUGAGACAUUCUCCCUGCUGGGAUCUAGGGAGGAAGAGAGCAAGUCGAUCCUGUCUCCCAACCCAACGGUUGGCAGCAAGGCUGCUAGCUAUUCCAGCAUUGGGAGCAGCAGAUCUUUUUGUUCCUGUGUGCCUUGUGAAGGAGCUGCUGGUGUCGGCUUUGUAACUUGUCCUACCUGUCAGGGCCAUGGAGAAAUCCCACAAGAGCUGGAGAAGCAGCUGGUGGCCCUCAUCCCCUAUGGGGACCAGAGGUUGAAGCCUAGGCACACGAAGCUCUCCGUGUUCCUGGCAGUGCUCAUCUGCCUGCUGACCUCCUCCCUCAUCGUCUUUUUCCUGUUUCCCCGAACCAUUGCUGUGCAGCCUGCAGGCCUCAACUCCUCCGCAGUGGCCUUUGACACCACUGAUAUCCACCUCAAUAUGACGAAUAUCUUGAACAUCUCCAAUAGCAACUACUACCCCAUCACAGUGACCCAGCUGACCAUCGAGGUUCUGCACCUUUCCCUUGUUGUAGGACACGUCUCCAAUAGCCUCCUCCUGCACAUUGGCCCCUUGGCCAGUGAACAGAUGUUUUAUGCAGUAGCCAGCAGGAUACGGGAUGAAAACACAUACAAAAUCUGUACCUGGCUGAAAAUCAAAGUCCAUCAUGUGCUUUUGCACAUCCAGGGCACCCUGACCUGUUCCUACCUGAGCCACUCAGAGCAGCUAGUUUUCCAGAGCUAUGAGUAUGUGGACUGCCGGGGAAACACGUCGGUGCCCCACUUGCCAGCCCCUCACCCGCCGUGACCUGCCAGCUUGGUCUGUACAACUCCAUUGUGCCCAAGGAUGGACUGUACUGACUUUGCCAAAGGAAAAACCCUGUUUUAUCAUAUGUUCGCCAGCCCCCACCCCCCCCCCACCCCCCCCCCCCCCCCACACACACAGACUCACAUCUCUGAUUUUCCACAGAAACAGAAGCCUGGCUCUUCCAGGGGUCAGAAUCCAGAAUCAGAUUCUGCAUUUGAUCUGUCUUAAGGAGAGGCUGACCUGAAGUUUUCUUCGGAGCUUUCAGAGUCCCUGGAAUAAUACCUGUUGCAUCUGUGCUGAGCACUUUGAUUGUCCAGCUUCUCUGGGGCAGGUUCUCCUCCUGCCUGAUGGGGAGAAAGCUGUAGUCUCAUCUAGCUUUUAAAGCAUGAAUGGUUUUCAAGUUUUCCACCCAAUAAUAGGAAACUGAAUUUGGGAACAUCCCGGUGCUAUUUCCAGGGCUUUUUAGAGGUCCAUAGAUGCUCUUCUUUCUCACCCUGCUUUGAUCAUGUGACAAAGUGAUAGUGAUGGACUGUUUCUCUCCUAGUAACUUGUCCCUGGCAAGACUGGCCAAGGUGCUUUGGCUCUCUGCCCUUCUGGUUAAUAACUGUCCCAGAUUCCUAAGAAGACAGCACUGUUCUCCAACUAAAGAUCCCCCUCUCCGCAAAAGUGCAGCUCUUUGCUGCAAGAGCCAAAGUGGUAGGGAAUGGGAGGGGAGACGUGGGGAGGAAGGUAGCCAGCUGGGCCCUCUCUUGCCCAUCCCCAAGCCCCAUCCCAGGACUUACACAUUAAAAACCAAGCCAAAAUAAACAACAACAGCAACAAAAAAGCAAAAGCAGGGUUUCUGGCUGUUGGUGAGUCAACAACCCUGAGCCUGUAUGAGUGGACAGAGGCAGAUCAAACAGCCUUGCUUUCCCCCUGAAAGCCUACAGAGAUGAAAUAAUCAUUAUCUAUCAGUGUUCGGCCAAAGCUAUCAGUAUUCUGCUCUGCUCCACCCCCAGCUUUGCAGAAGGGCCCACCCUGUGCUCCCAGUGGCCUUUCUCUCCCCUGGCUUUCACAGUAUGGAGCAACGUAUCAACACCUUGGAUGGGUCUACAUCCUCCCCUCAUUCCUGUCACUCUAGUGGGGCCAAACACCAAUAACCCCCCAGGUUCCCACUGGGUUCCGAGUUUGAGUGCUUUAGCUGAGCGGGGGUGUGGUAUUUGCUCGCUAAAGGGUGGCUAAAGUUUAUAUUGGUUCAGACAGGGAAGAGAUGAGCAGAAGUGAUGUGUGAAAGCUGAACUGGAAGUAGGAUGGAUGGAGGGGUAAGGAGGUAGAACCUGUUGGUAC